UCUUUACUUUCACUGAAGCAGCAGUGGAGUGUGGGCUGGACACGCGCGCACACACACACACACACGCGCACGGUGAUGGGAGACUUAACAGACGAUGUCGGCUGCUGGUCUUGCUGUCAGGAUGCUGCACAUGGACCCUCCUGCUGCUUAUCACUAAAGCUGACAUGCAACUGAUAAACUCAGGCAUUUCAGAUAUUGCAUUUGUUUUAGUUCUGGAGGAAAAACGCAAAGCAAAGCAAAUGGACGGUGCACACACGGACACACACGGGCUUGCGCAAUAAAGUGCUGUUCGGAUCCUCAGCACUGAAGCUUAAUGAGAAAAAGGGCGACUGGCCGGGAUUAGUCUCCGGGUAAAACAGGCUGUAUUCUCGCGUGGACUUUUUGGACGCUGAAGUGAAAGCAUGGCGAGCGAUCUGAAACCGCGGCUUUGCUGCAUGACCAAAGGUGAGAAUGGCUACGGCUUUCACUUGCACGGAGAGAAAGGAAAAGCCGGCCAGUACAUCCGCAAAGUGGAACCUGCUUCUCCAGCAGAGGCGUCAGGACUGCGAGCAGGAGACCGAGUGGUGGAGGUGAACGGGGAAAAUGUAGAGAGAGAAACCCACCAGCAAGUGGUGCAGAGGAUCAAGGUAAUGGAGCAUGAAACCAGGCUGCUGGUGGUGGACCGUGAGACGGAUGAGUACCUGCGCAGUCUACGCCUCACCUGUACAGAGGACAUGGCUGUGCGAGUCAGUUUAUCAGCCUCUUCCUCCUCCCCUCCCCUGACCCCCAGGAAGCGGGAGAACAACUCUAUGUCCAAACUGCCAACCAGUCGUGAGAUACCCAAACCCAGCAGGAGGUCUCCGUCACGGGCCACCAAAAAGGAGGCUCCAGCGGUGCCGUCCACUCCAGCAGACAUGUCCGAGCUCGUUCCUAGACUGUGUCACCUGGUUAAGGCAGAAACAGGAUACGGCUUCAACCUGCACAGUGAGAAGUCCCGACCGGGUCAGUACAUCCGCUCUCUGGAUCCGGGCUCACCAGCUGACUGUGCAGGCCUCCGACCACAAGACAGGCUCAUCGAGGUGAACGGGGUAAACAUUGAGAGCAUGCGUCAUGCCGAGGUAGUGGCCUUCAUCAAGCGCGGAGGGAACGAGACCCAUUUACUGGUGGUGGAUCCAGACACAGACGAGCAUUUCAAAAAGCUGGGCAUCAUCCCCAGCAGCAGCCAUGUCAAAGGUUUUGAGGCCAUCACUAAUGGCUCACCAAAUCCUCGAGUCAAUGGCCACCCCACCCAGUCAGCACACUCCAACCACAGCAGCCAAGACAUCAGCACACAGAACUCUGAGGAUGGGGACAGCAACUCGCUGGAUCCUUUCGCGGAGAUUGGGCUGAGACUGAGCCCCACAGCAGCGGAGGCCAAAGAGAAAGCACAUGCCAAGAGAGGCAAGAAGAGGGCACCACAAAUGGACUGGAAUAAGAAAUACGAGAUUUUUAGCAAUUUCUGAACAUACGCAGUUUCAUACACUCCCCAAUCCAGACUUCCUCAAAAUGAUACAUUCACACACCCCUGUUAUGACUGACUACUUUUAAUGGUGAAGGCUGUUAUUUUUGUAGAAAAAGAAAACCAGAAAAAAAUAGUUUUAAAGGGUGAUUGGAGCAGACAAAGGGGAAAAGCUUCAGUCUAUUUUUUCACUCAUUUCUACCUGGAAAAGAAAAAAACUCUGGAUUCAGAACUGUGAUGAAAAAGGACCAACAAGAACAAGAAAGGAAGAGAAACAAAAAUUCCUUUAUGAUGUUUUUGUUUUGUUAAAUUUUUUUGUAUCGAUUCUACAUAAGUUUAUUGCUUCUGCUACGGCUAUUUUUUUUUUCGAGCCCAGUACAUGUUUGAUUGUAGUAUAAAAAUUUUAAGCCUAAUAGUUUUACAUCUUGGUGUCUCGACUAUGCUGCUCUCUGCUCUGGUUGAAGGAAAUCUUGAGGGGGAAAAAGGACAUUAAUAACUUUAAGCACUGGCCCGUUAAGAAGGACAUGUCAAUUUGAAGUGUUCUGUGUUCUUUAUAAAUCAGUGUUAGAUUGUACAUAGUCACUGGCCACUUUAUUAGGAACACCGAUACACCUGCUGUUUUAUGCAGUUCUCUAAUCAGCCAAUCCCUUGACAGCAGCAUAAAAUCAUGCAGAUACAAAUCAAGAGCUUCAGUUAACAUUCACUUCAAACAUCAGAAUGGGAAAAAAUUGUGAUCUCUGUGACUUUCACUGUGGCAUGGGUGCUGGUGCCAGAUGGACUGGUUUGAGUGUUUCAGAAACUGCUGAUCUCCUGGGGUUUUCAUACACAACAGUCUCUAGAGUUUACACAGAAUGGCGCGAAAAAAAAAAAAACUUUGAGUGAGCGACAGUGCUGUGGAUGGAAACGUCUUGUUGAUAAGAGAGGUCAGAGGAAAAUGGCCAGGCCUGAGUUUUCCAAAAGCAUCGCAGCACAAAGAUCAUCGUUAAAUGGUAGAGCAAGCAGCACAAUGAACACUCUCUUUCUCCUAGUUAAGAUGCUCUUAGCAUUAAGAGGCUUUUGGGAAACCCAGCCCAGAUUGGUUCAAGCUGCCAGGAAAGAUAUAGCAACUCUUUACAACCAUGGUGAGCAGAAAAGCAUCUCAGCAUGCAACAGCAGAAAGCCACAUUGGGUUCCACUCUUGCCAGCCAAGAACAGGAGUCUUAGAAUCAAGAGCAAUUUCCUAUUAAAGUGGCCGGUAUAAAGGAAUUGGUCUGAUUUUGAGCGUCCUUGAAGAGGCAAAUCUGAAUAAUCAGCCUUUGUUUAGGCACCAGGAUGUUAAAUCAAGCUGUUGUGAUCUGUUAAAGAGACACUACUUUUUUUCGCCAGAGUGAGGCAGGUACAAACAUAAACAAUUGUGUAUCUGCUGACUAUUAAACACUAGAGGGCAGCGUUGAAGUAACUUUCUUUUCACCAGAGAGGACAAAAACAGAACUUGCGAGUGUUAACCACUAGAGGGAACUAGAGAUUUUAGUUUGCAAAAUGAACAAAUGUGUUGUAUAACCACUAUAAUAUCUAACAGCUCAACACUGUUGCUUUCCCGAACACAUUCAUUCAUGGAGAUGAAACCAAAACACCAUGUAAACCAAAAUUCUUGAGACUAAAUCAACAACAAGACGUAAAGGACAUAAUCAGACAAGUCAUUGUUACCUAAUGAAGUGAUUGGAGCUUGAUAGAAUUUUUUUUUCUUUGCUAAUGAUUGUUGCUGCAGUGUGUAUUAUCUGAUCCACAAAUGAAUGAAGGAUGCUACAAACUCAUAUCGAGUGACGAGAAGCUCCUGCAGGAUCAAUAAGCUAAUGAAAGUUAGAGACAUGUGGGGCACGUGUUGCUUGUAAGGCAGCAGCGCUUGUAGAAAUGGACAGAUCAGUCUCUGACAAUCUGAACCGCUUGAACUGUGGUACGGCCCAAUACGCCAGCUAUGCUUGGGGUUCUUUUGGAUCAUUAAGCAAGAUCAGCUGUGCUGUGCUGACGUACCUCUCAAUCUGCGUAUAUAACAUCAUUAUUUUACCUAAUACACAUACAUAUUAGCAGCAUUGCUGUAUUCCAUUUACGCAUUUUUUUUUUUUUUUACUCUACUUUGGUUUUAUUUUACUUAGGUUUGUUAGCGUUAUUGUGUUUGCCGUAGUUUUUUUCCUGUUCCUGACAGUGUAAGCAUUCAGACUUCUGCUGUAUGCUCAUGUAUAUUCACUAUGGGAAUAUAUGCCAGGUUGCAUUUUUUUUUCCAAUAAAGUGUGAUAUUCGCACAUGCUGACAUUGUCAACAAGUGAGUUUAGCACGAGGGAUGUUGAAUUAUGUAGAUCUGAUAAGCAAAGGACAGUGAAUUCAGCAUCAUCAUCAUUCAGGACCC